GUUGUCACUUCCUUAUCGCCGUUGUGUUCAGUUGUGAUUGGAAGUGGAAAUCACCGAGCUGCCUGCAAAGUAAUGGGGACAUAAGUGCCCUGAUUUUUUGCUUCCACCUUCUGAACGGCCUCCUAAGCUCGUGUUUUCUCGUGUGUCCUGGGAAGUCAGAGCACAGGCUGCAAGACACGAAGCGAAGCGAGGAGAAGGCAAGCUAGCUUUGUAGCUAGGCGCUUUGACCGGUGGUCUGUCAGUGACUGCAGGGAAACUUAUGGAAAAUGGAUUUCCUCUGUGAAAUAGUUCAAGCCUUGGUCGCAUUAGCAGCUCUAGGUUUGAUUGUGGUGUUGAUUGUAGCACACGUCACUGCCGGGAUGGUGAACCUGACACGCCACGAGAAGGAGAAAUAUUUCCUGACGGCCUCUGGAGAGAAGGAGCUGUUCCCCAGCCUGCACGAUCCUCAUUCCAGGGAGCUCUCUGUGGUGAUCCCGGCCUACAAUGAGGAGUUCCGAAUGCCUGUGAUGCUGGAUGAAGCUAUGGAGUACUUAGAAAACAGACAGAAACAAAAGCCUUCCUUUACCUAUGAGGUCAUUGUGGUUGACGAUGGCAGCAAAGACAAAACCACAGAGGUUGCUUUGCGGUACACUAGAAAGUAUGGUGCAGAUAAAGUGCGGGUCCUGACGCUGGUGAAGAACAGGGGGAAAGGAGGAGCUGUGCAGAUGGGAACUCUGAGCUCCAGAGGUAAAAUCAUUCUGAUGGCUGAUGCUGACGGAGCCACAAAGUUUUCUGACCUUGACAAAGUGGAGGCUGGACUUAGAGACCUCAGCCCUAAACUGGAGGACAUGGCAAUUUCCUGUGGUUCCAGAGCUCAUCUGGAGAAAGAGUCUGUAGCUCAGCGAUCUAUGUUUCGUACAUUCCUUAUGUAUGGCUUUCACUUCCUGGUGUGGUUCUUUUGUGUGAGAGGGAUCAAGGACACGCAGUGCGGCUUCAAGCUUUUCACACGUGAGGCUGCACUCAAGACCUUCUCUUCUCUCCACGUAGAGCGAUGGGCUUUUGAUGUGGAGCUCCUGUAUAUCGCCCAGUGCUUUAAAAUCCCCAUAGCAGAGGUGGCAGUCAACUGGACUGAAAUAGAAGGGUCCAAGCUGGUCCCGUUUUGGAGCUGGCUGCAGAUGGGACGAGACCUGAUUUUCAUUCGCCUGCGCUACAUCACCGGUGCCUGGAAACUGCAGUCACCAGAAAAGACUGACUAGCCAAUCAGACAGGCCCUGGUAUCGUAGAGACAGCCUAUGAUAGGGCCAUCAGACCUUUUGAAUGAGGUGGGAUUAACAACUGUGUCCAUCAUUCACUGUAAUCAACAGCAAAGAACAAAGUACAGUAAGCCACAUUCUUUACCUUUCCAAACUGCACUGGAGGUGAAGUAAUGACACAGUUGUGGGUUCCUCACGGUCCUGCCUUUUCUUUUUUUAUUGGGAUACUGGCUUGUGAUGGCCACUGUUACACGCACAUUUCUGUUGCUACGGGUGACAGAAUGUCUGUAUGACUGAUCAGUGUACUAAGUUACUUAAUGUUCAUUUUGUGGCCAAUCAGUUGUAAGCGAGAAAGACGUGUAAGAAAUGUGGAGGAUGUGAUGAUCUGUGUCAUGAUUCUGACAGGUAGACUCAAUGCUGUUUUAUGAGAUUUUCAAAAGGGAGGGAUUACACUUUUGAGGAAACAUGGCCGUGGGUUAAUGGGCUGGAUGACUUGAACCAAAAUAAAAAAACAAAUG